UGAACAAGUAAAAGUAAAGGAGGGAGUACUUUCUUAUUCAUAAUCCAUAGACAAACCCAAAAUGAUACAGUCGGUUUGUGUCCGAGCUUCAGCUCUGCAAUUGCCACCCAUUUACUCCCAGUCCCCCAGAAAUGUCGCAACAGCUGACACCUUUGCAAUUGACGCUCAAAACCUUAGCUAUUCAGUUGUCUCCAGACAAGGGAAAGUACUUCCAAUUCUAAAGGAUUGCUCACUGAAAAUUCCCUCUGGGCAAUUCUGGAUGCUUCUUGGACCCAAUGGCUGUGGAAAAUCAACCCUUUUAAAGAUAUUAGCAGGUUUAUUGAGUCCAGAUGAUGGAUUCUUGUAUGUGGAGAGACCAAGGAGCUUUGUGUAUCAGAACCCUGAUCAUCAGGUCGUGAUGCCUACAGUGGAAGCUGAUGUUGCUUUUGGUCUUGGCAAAUUGAACUUAACACCAAAUGAGAUUAGGACUAGGGUGGCGAGAGCUUUGGAUGCAGUUGGGAUGUCUGAGUAUUUGAAAAAACCAGUUCACACUCUUAGUGGUGGUCAAAAACAAAGGGUUGCUACUGCUGGUGCUCUGGCAGAAGCUUGCAAAGUUUUGUUACUUGAUGAACUGACUACUUUUUUGGAUGAAACUGAUCAGAUUGGAGUAAUAAAAGCAGUGAGAAACUCCAUGGAUACAUCUAAAGAAAUUACAGCUUUGUGGGUGACCCAUCGCUUGGAAGAACUUGAGUAUGCAGAUGGUGCAGUUUACAUGGAAGAUGGAAGAAUUGUCCGGCAGGGUGAUGCAACUAGUAUAAGGAAUUUCAUUGAAAAUAAACUGGCAUCUUAUGUAAACCAAAUAAAUUUGUAACCACUUUUGCCUCAAGGAUUCUUGUACAUGUACAUAAAGGCGUGUAUUAUGAUGCUUUCCAGGGAGCAAAUACUAUGUUACAUUUCUUUUCUCGCCAUGUCAAGUAUGCAAGAUGUAGGUCUUUUGAGGGUCAAAUAUUUGAAGGAGUAAACUGCAUUUGUUUUUCUUA